UUGUUUGCAGAUUUGUCUCCUCACUAGACUAUGAGCUCCUGGGAAGAAGGAAUCGUGUCUUACUCGUCUUUCUGUCUCCAGUGUCUGGCCCAGUUCUUGGUACAUAGUGUAAGCUGAAUUUUGGGACAUGGCUACUGCUUCACCAAGGUCUGCGCCUAGUAAUAACCACAGUGGGAGGUUGCAGUUACAGGUAACUGUUUCUAGUGCCAAACUAAAAAGAAAAAAGAACUGGUUUGGAACAGCGAUAUAUACAGAGGUAGCUGUAGAUGGAGAAAUCAAGAAAACAGCAAAAUCUAGUAGUUCUUCUAAUCCAAAAUGGGAUGAACAACUAACUGUAAAUGUGACCCCUCAGACGACCUUGGAAUUCCGAGUCUGGAGUCAUCAUACUUUAAAAGCAGACACUAUGUUAGGAAGAGCGACGGUAGAUUUAAAGCAAGCUCUGUUAACACACAAUAGGAAAUUGGAAAGAGUGAAAGAACAGUUAAAACUUUCCUUGGAAAACAAAAAUGGUGUCGUGCAAACAGGUGAAUUGACAGUUGUACUUGAUGGAUUGGUGGUUGAACAAGAAAAUCAAGCAAACUGCAGUUCGUCUCCCACCAUAGAAAUACAGCAAAACGGUGAUGCCUUACAUGAAAAUGGAGAGCCUGCAGCAGGGACAGCCACCAGGUUGGCUGUUGAAGGUACUAAUGGAAUAGAUAAUCAUGUACCUCCAAACACUCUAGUCCAAAACUCAUGCUGUUCAUAUGUAGUUAAUGGAGACAGCACACCUUCAUCUCCAUCUCAGGUUGCUGCCAGACCCAAAAAUACACCAGGUCCCAAACCACUGACAUCUGAGCCUGCCAAUGACACUGUUAAUGGAGCGUCACCCUCACCUGCACCACCCGAUCAUUCAGCCGCCACGGGGACUGCCAUCGCCUCUGAAGAAAGCGCCUUGUCUUCGAGUUCCACUAGUGCUGCUGUCGAAGAUCCUUCCGUUCAAGAAACACCAACUUCCUCAGAGAACACUGAAUGUAUGCCUUCUACCAGUGCAGCAUCGCAGCCCGAAGCGAGAAGUACAUCAGAUCCCGCCGCCUCCGGUUCUGGAAAUAGUUCUGUGGACGCAGCCAAAAUAAGACAGUCAGAUGGGUGUGUGGAGCCUACGCGGCAACAGUCUGGACAUAGCAGCGCGGAAACUCUGCCGUCCGGGUGGGAGCAGAGAAAAGACCCUCAUGGCAGAACCUACUAUGUGGAUCACAACACCCGAACGACCACGUGGGAGAGACCACAACCUUUACCUCCGGGUUGGGAAAGACGGGUUGAUGAUCGUGGAAGAGUUUAUUACGUGGAUCAUAACACGAGAACAACCACGUGGCAGCGGCCAACCAUGGAAUCUGUUCGCAACUUUGAGCAGUGGCAGUCUCAGCGGAACCAAUUGCAGGGAGCAAUGCAGCAGUUCAACCAACGAUACCUCUACUCGGCUUCGAUGUUAGCUGCAGAGAACGACCCCUAUGGGCCUUUACCACCAGGGUGGGAAAAAAGAGUGGAUUCAACGGACAGAGUUUACUUUGUGAAUCAUAAUACAAAAACAACUCAGUGGGAAGAUCCAAGAACGCAAGGCCUGCAGAAUGAGGAACCCCUGCCAGAAGGCUGGGAAAUUAGGUAUACGAGAGAAGGUGUUAGGUACUUCGUUGAUCAUAACACAAGAACAACAACAUUCAAAGAUCCUCGAAAUGGAAAGUCAUCUGUAACUAAAGGUGGUCCACAAAUCGCUUAUGAACGCAGCUUUAGGUGGAAACUUGCUCACUUCCGUUAUUUGUGCCAGUCGAAUGCACUACCCAGCCACGUCAAGAUCAACGUGUCCCGGCAGACAUUGUUUGAAGAUUCCUUCCAACAGAUUAUGGCAUUAAAACCAUAUGACUUGCGGAGGCGACUGUACGUAAUAUUCCGAGGAGAAGAAGGACUUGAUUAUGGUGGCUUAGCAAGAGAAUGGUUUUUCUUGCUUUCUCAUGAAGUUCUGAACCCCAUGUACUGCUUAUUUGAGUAUGCCGGCAAGAACAACUACUGCUUGCAGAUAAAUCCAGCGUCAACGAUUAAUCCUGACCACCUGUCUUACUUUUGUUUCAUUGGUCGCUUUAUUGCCAUGGCACUUUUUCACGGAAAGUUUAUCGAUACUGGUUUCUCUUUACCAUUCUACAAGCGUAUGCUAAGUAAAAAACUUACUAUUAAGGACUUGGAAUCUAUCGAUACUGAAUUUUAUAACUCUCUUAUUUGGAUAAGCACCAAAUCUUUCUUGUGGCCUGACACUGUGCUUGUUUCCCAGGUUAUGCUGUGUGGCAUGCAGGAGGUAGACUUGACAGAUUGGCAAAGAAAUACUGUUCAUCGACAUUAUACAAGAAACAGCAAGCAAAUCAUUUGGUUUUGGCAGUUUGUGAAAGAGACGGACAAUGAAGUAAGAAUGCGACUUCUGCAGUUUGUCACCGGAACCUGCCGUUUACCUUUGGGAGGAUUUGCUGAGCUUAUGGGAAGUAAUGGGCCUCAGAAAUUUUGCAUUGAAAAAGUCGGUAAAGACACCUGGUUACCAAGAAGCCACACGUGUUUUAAUCGCCUGGAUCUACCGCCGUAUAAGAGUUAUGAACAACUCAAGGAAAAGCUUCUUUUUGCAAUCGAAGAGACAGAGGGAUUUGGACAGGAGUGACGGUGGCUUGUCUAGAGGAGCUCUUGCUUUGAAAUACUCGAAACAAGAAAAAUUGCACAGAGAGUGUAUAUAAGCUGUUCACUCUGUACAGUGAAUCUUCUGAACCUCUCAAAGUAUGUUUUCCGUUCUUCCACAGAAAUAUGCAAAACAGCUCACCCUUUUCUACUUUAUUUAUUGUUUCCUUGAAGUAACUGACCAGGAAAAGGAAAGUUCAUCCUUAAAUUUUGAAGCAAGCAAGACUUUAUUAAAAAAGAGAAAAAUAAGUAUAUAUCUAUAUAAACAUAUGAUAGUGGCUCUAGUUUUAUAGAGCCAUGAGUGUAUUAAACAUGACAGCCAUUCAUUCAAAAAGAUCUGGAUUCGCUUUAACUUGUGUCUCUUAUCCAGAGGAAAUGCAAAUUGCUCCAUGUUCUCCCCUAUGCAACAUCUCUUCAGGGUGUUUUGUUGCUUGGCUGUUCAGGAAGGUAUUAAGGGCUUAGGCCAAAUCUUACUUUGAGUAUAUUAAGAAAUGCUGCUGGCUUUUCUGAAGACAGGUGCUUGAACCCGUCGAUUUCUUUUAAAAUAAAUACAGUAGUUGGAGUUUUUCCCUCUUUGCUACAUCAAACACAAAGACAUGAAUGAAACCAUAACUUUCACAAAAGUCACGUAUCAGGACUGAUGCCAUGAGGUUAUUUGUAGGGAUUGGAAAUCAUUCAUUGAGCAGCAUAGAGGUUUGUUUACAUUGUUACUUUGGGAUGCUACGUACUUGUGGAAUUAAAAAGAAUCAGGCAAGUACUGUUUUUAAAUCUGUGGUCUUCAAAUUGAACACAUAAGAAAUUGAUGCAAUUUGAUACUUAGGAACCUAUCAAAGGAAAUGUGAACUUCACUGCUUCUGUUUGUGUUCAGAGUCUGAGUUUUAUAAAAUCAGAUGGAAUAAAGGGUUACACGUGCAUUUAAAUGCUCAAAUGAGACUAGCGAUUUUCUAUUAGUGUUCAAGUGUUUCCAUUCUUCUGAAAUUCAUGAAAAGUCUAUGUACUUGAAUUAAAUAAGCGUAUAUGAAAAUCUUUUGGUCCUCCCUACUUUUUACAUAGACCAAAUUAUUUUUGUUCUAAAUAAACAAUUAACACCUUUU